ACUCUGUGCGGGGUAUGACAUCCGCUCUUAAACAUGUUUCUUUGCCUUUCAACAACAGGUCAUCGUCGCACAUGGAGGGUCUGCGUGUUUUCCUGGUCAUUCUCCAGGGAGUUGGAUGGCUCAGGUGUAUUUCGGGAUCGGUCUCAGAGGUGAAGGUCAGACCAGGAGACAACACCACUCUCUACUGUGACUGCAAAAAGUCCACCGGGGAAUUUAUCGUGUGGUACAGGAACUGUUCUCAUGAGAACCAGCCUUCGCUUGUCCUAAAACUAAUGCUUGAAGCAAUGAAAAUCAGCCUUGAUGAUUCGGGUAUUCUGAAUCCUCUCCCUCGCUUCCGCUUUGUGAACAACCAGUCGUCUGAAUCCUACGACCUGCUGAUUGUGAAUAUCACUGAUUCUGAUCUGGGCCUCUACUACUGUGGAACUGAGCAGGUCAAGGUGCUGGACAAGGAGAAAAUCACUAAAGAGACGGUUUACAAACACGGCAACAUGACAACGAGGGUCGUAUUCAACUCCAGUGAGGCGUACAGCAGGCGCCCACCACCAUCGCCCCCCUGCAGUGUGUGCUGGAUGCUGCUCUUCUCUCUGUGCCCAGCGUUUGCUGUCGUCUCCUCUUUAUUAUCAUCUGCUCUGGUUUAUCACCUCUGUCGGAAAACAGCUUUUAAACCCAAAACUGAUGAGGUACGACCUGACAGCCGAGGCCAAACAAGAGGGCAUGAGGAUGAAGAUGUGUGUUACUCUGCUCUGAAUAUCCGUCAGACAUCACAGAGACCAAAGAAAACCCAGAGUUCAGACUUCAGCACCUAUUCUAUCGUCAAUACGUCUAGAAUUUAAAGAGGAACAUGGAAACAGUACUUUACACAUUUAUAAAAAAAAAAUGUACAAUACUCUUGUUUGUUCAGAUAUAAGGGUAAUUUAGUGUUACACAGAAAGAGCUGAGCAUGCUCAUUUGAUUCACAGGGAUCAGGCCAUGAAGCGACUGGCACAGAAAGCAAUUCAGACUUCUAAACUUAGAUUAGAGUAUUGUAACUCUGCGGCAAAAUGUGUUCCACAUCCUGUCAUUAUCACCCGGCAACCUCCGCUGUUGAAAAAUUAAGUAAACGGGAAAGAUUUGUUUUUGUGCCUUUAUUAGAGAGACAGAACAGCGGAUAGAGCGGAUCGAUUUCUCUGGCUUUGACAACUGUUGGAAAUAUUUGAGGAAAACCACUCAACAAAAUAAAAAUAUAUAAAAUACGUUAAAGGCUUUAUAUGCGAUGUUUUGAUCCAGCAGAUGUCGCCCUUGAGCACCAGCAUGAAACCAAAACAACUUGCGCUGCAUUGUUGUGUUAGCGUGCUAAUGCUAGCGAUCUUUAUUAUGCUCGUAUCUUCACACUGCAUGUAAAUUUACCUGAAAUGAGCGUGAUCUAGAAACACAGUUAAGCAGUGAGUACAGUAUGUUAUUCUUCUUUUCUCUAGUCCCUCAAUUAAACAACUUUUAUACACGAGGGGAGGAGUCAGCCGGCUGUCCCGGCGAUGUAAACAAAGUGAAGAUAGGACUCUGAAAACUCUGAAAACAUCACAGACAGUGGGACUCGGGUGUUACACCCAUUGUAGGCAGUCAUGACUCACAGAGUUAUUUUCAGAGGAGAUACUUGAUUUAUAU